UAUACUUACUGCCCAUAUAAUCCAUAUAAUCCAUAUAAUCCAUCCAAACUUCAACACAUCCAUUGUAUCCUACAUUACUUCAUAUCCUUAUCUCUCCAACAUGACAGAAAUCAUCCUUCACGUCUCCAACUGGGUCAAUGGCACCCACACCACCGCGACUACACCCCGUAUCCCCGUCAUCAACCCGGCAACCGAACUCCCUAUCGCAACCAUCGACUCAACCUCCAAAGAAACCGUCAACCAAAUCAUUACCGAAUCCCUGAAAACUUUCCAGAAUGGUUCCUGGUCUCGCGCUGACCCAUCCACACGCUUCACAGUCCUCUCCACCGCAGCCCGACUCCUCCGCUCCCGUCUCCCAGAAUUCAUCGAGCUCGAAACCCGCCAAACCGGCCGACCAAUCCGCGAGAUGCGCGCCCAGCUAGCCCGCAUCCCUGAAUGGCUCGAGUACUUUGCCUCUGUAGUACGCGUGCAUGAAGGCCGAGUAACUCCUUUCAAAGGACCAGUCGUGAACACCUUGACGCGACUCCCGCUCGGCGUGGUAGCGCUGAUCACACCAUACAACCACCCGCUUCUCAUCGCCAUGAAGAAGAUCGGGGCUGCACUAGCAGGCGGGAAUGUGGUCAUCGUGAAAGCAUCGGAGCUGGCGCCGCUCUCGGUGUUAAAAUUAGGUGCACUGUUUCAGGAGGCUGGGUUACCUAAUGGCGUGUUGCAGAUUAUCAGUGGAUACGGGUACGAGACGGGGAAGUAUCUAUGUGAGAGCCCGUUGCUGGCGAAAAUUGACCUAACCGGGGGACUGGCAACUUAUAAGGCUAUUGCGCCAUCUGCGUCGGCGAAUCUCAUCCCCAUUACGGCUGAAUUAGGCGGAAAGGCACCUGUGUGCUUGUUCCCGGGGGUUGGGAUUGAGGAUGCGGUUAAGGCCGCGCUGUUUGCGAGCUUUAUUGCAAGUGGACAGACGUGUGUUACGGGGAGUAGGUUGCUUGUUCAUACGGAUAUCUAUGAGGAGUUCACGGCGUUGCUGAAGAGACGGGUUGAAAAGUUACGACUGGGCGAUCCAUUUGACGACAUGACACAGAUCGGAACGGUUAUAUCAAAGACGGCGGUGGAAAGAUGCGCUGCGUUUGUGGAGAGAGCUGUGCGGGAGGGUGGAAAGGUCCUCUGCGGUGGACGUGCGACUACCAAUCCCUCAUCUGGAAAAGGGUACUACUUCGAGCCGACGAUCAUUGAGACGCGUCCACAGACGGAUCUGGAAUGUAACGAGGUGUUUGGGCCGGUCAUUGCGCUGAUCAGGUGCCAGUCGGAGGAGGAUAUCAUUCGCAUUGCCAAUGCAUCUUCGUUGGCGCUGGGGGCUUCAGUAUGGACGACUGAUUUCUACCAGGCGCAUCGAGUGGCGGAGCAGAUUGAGGCAGGGAUUGUGUGGAUUAAUGGACAUCAUUUGAAUGAUCCGUCGUCGCCGUGGGGUGGUUUCAAGCAGAGUGGAAUGGGGAAGGAGAAUGGGAUGGAGGCGUAUGAGAGCUAUACAAAGGUUAAGAGUACAGUCAUCAAUUAUGGGGUGCCUCCGGUUUGGUUUGAUGAUGAGCCUGUGGAUGCUCGCUAUGGAUAGCAUAGAUGCGUGGAUCAUAGUGUGCUUUUGAUGGAUAAAAAGCGGAAAUUGGACUACUUUUUUUGUGUCUCACAACUCUUAUGGCUCUGGUAGCUCUGGAUAAUGAUGUACCCGUUAUUGCAUGUUAUCUGCAAAC